GUAUAACGUUACGUUACUUCCGGACUGAACCAACCGGAAACCGCCAGCUUAUAACUUUUGUUUUCGCUGCUGCUGCACAUCGAUUAGAAACAUCAAACAUCAUGUCGGGCUCAUCAAACAUUGUUGCGAUGAAGAAAAUCGUUCAGCAGUUGCGCUUCGAAGCAAACAUCAACAGAGUAAAGGUUUCUCAGGCAGCUGCAGAGCUUCAGCAGUUCUGCGUCCAGAACGCCCUACAAGAUCCUCUGCUGACCGGUGUGUCUUCGAGCACCAACCCCUUCAGGACACAGAAGGUUUGCUCCUUCUUGUGAGGGUCCGUGAUGGGCAGCUGCCAUUGGCUUUUUCCUGUUCCUGUGACAAUUCUGCUGGUGAAAAAAAAAGAGAAGACAACCACUGCCAUGAUGUGUUAUUGAAAAAGCAGCAGCACAAAGCUGUCGUCUUGCCAUUUAAUACCUCAUGCCAUAAACACAAAAAACAAGAACUGAAAGGAUUUGCCUCUCUGGCUGCUUUAUGUCUGUUAUGGUGCAUUUUCAUUUUAGAAGAAGAUUUUUUCAAGUUCUCAGAUUGACUCUCCUUCACACAGCCCUCAGAUUUCUGUUUGAAGACCUCAAACUAAAAAGUCUGCCUUAAUGAGUGAUAAACAACGCUCCAGUUUUGUGGAGGGAAGGCUGUUGUAUUUUUGUGUGGCACAGCAGAGGAAACUUAGUAAUUUAUUGUGCCUUUUUAACAUUGUAGUCUAUUUCUCUAUCUUCUCCGCCUUAGACUUUUUAUAACCCAAAAUAAACCCAUUGAUUUCUAA